AUGACGCUCGCGACCGCGCGGUGGUGCGCGGAGGGCGAGCUCUCCCGGCGCGUCCGCGCGUCGGACGCCGGCGACGUCGAGUCGACCUGGGUCGCCGUGGACGGACCGAGCACGCUGUGGCUGACCUCGACGAACUUCGGGGGCGCGUCCGAGGUGGAGCUCGUCGUCAUCGCGCGCGGGAAGGCGAACCCGGGGCAGAAGCUCGAGGGGAUCCGGCUCGAGUGCGCGCCGUCGUCGCCCGUCGCGCCGCGCGCGUCGUCGCGUCGCGUCUCUCUCCUCCUCGCGCGAGUGCCGCCCGCCGACGCUCACGACCUCGUCGCGUUUAAAAAACUCCUCUCACGCAGGCGCGGCCGAGACGAAGCGCACGUCGCGCGCGACCCCGACGCGCGCACGCUCGUCGCGUUCGGUCCCACGACGACGCGCGCGCGCCGGCGAAAACCGACGGAGUCGCAGGCGCCGUGCGACGGCGACGGCGACGACGCGGACGGCGACGGCGGCGAGAGCGCCGAGGACGGCGCGAGGGUCUUCGCGUUCGCGUUCUUCGACGAGGAAGACGCGGCGCGUUGCUUCUCGCGUCUCGACGCGCACCUCGGCAUCGGCGCCGCGGUGGUCGACGCCGACCGAGUCCCGCUCGUCCAGAUGCUCGGCGAAGCGGCGACGACACAGACGCGAGAGGAGCCCGUCGGCGCGGCCCCGACCGCGGCGGCGGACGCGGCCGAGUCCGGGGCCGAGCGCGCGUCCGUCGAAGAAGUCGUCGAAGACGUCGAAGACGACGUCGACGCCGCGGUCCCCGACGUCGACGACGCGUUCGUCGUCGUGAAGCGCGAGGCCAUCGAGCUCGGGGACGAGAGAGACGCAAUAAUCUUGGACGCCGCGGCGACGCCGUGCGACCCAAUGGACGCGGACGAGACCCGAGCGGAAGCGCGCGGAGGAGACGCGCCGCGCGAGGACAUCGAGGACCCGCGAGAACGCGCCCCGCCGCCGCCGCCGCGCGCGAACCCGCGCCCGCCGCCGCCGCCGCCGCCGAUGGACGCGACCGCGUGGUGGUGGCCGCCGAUGGACGAAUUCGAGCGCGCGUCGGACGAGGACGUCGCCGCGAUGGUCAAGACGCUGCUUCCGCUCGCGAUGCGCCCCCCGCUCGCCGCCGCGGGGGAGGUGGACACGCCGGACGCGCGCGCUGCGCUUCGGUUCGCGGCGACGCCGAUGACGAGCGACGGCGCGAUGUCGUUCGAGAGAUACGUGGACGUCGUCGACGGCGUCAUCGCGCAGAUGCGCGCGGACGGCGACGUUUUGUUCGACGGCGACGCGUGGGACGUGUUCGACGACGACGAGCUCGAGCUCGAGCUCGAGGAGGAGAAAGGCGACGGCGCGUACUUUUGA